CAGAGGAAACGACCCCCUUUCUCCAACCCGCGGCGGCGGCGGCGGAUCCGUGUUGUAAGCGACGCCAACAACGGCGGCGGAGGAGCGACGUUCGCAGCCAUGGACAACCAGAAGAAUCCCAAGAGAUACAGACGCGAAGAUCCAAAAUCUUCCAGUGAUGAAGAAGAAGAGUCAUACGAACCAUACAUUCCUGUUAAAGAAAGAAAGAAACAGCGGAUGAAGCAGAUACUGAAGAUAUCUCAGGAUGAGGAUGCAAGUACAGACUCAUGGAAGGAAAGAGAGCAAAGAGAACAAGAGGAGGAUGUACAGGAACUGGCCAGAAAGAACAACAUCUCCCUCUUGGACCAGCACACUGAACUCAAAAAAAUUGCGGAAGCUCGCAAGGAAUCAGAAUUGGAGAAACAGCGUCGAGAAGAGAAGCGUCUCCUGGAAGCUGUGGCAGAGAAAAGAGCUCUGAUGGGUGUGUCCGAGUUGGCACGUGGUGUACAGUAUGAGGAUUCUGUAGUUUCAGCUUGGAGACCCCCAAGGCGCAUAUUGGCCAUGGAUGAAAAAAGGCACGAAAGAGUGCGUAGGAAGUACAAAAUCUUAGUUGAAGGUGAGGAGGUUCCUCCACCACUUAAAUCAUUUGCCGAUAUGAAAUUUCCAAGAUGCAUUAUCAAAGCCUUACAAAAGCGAGGUAUUGAAAAACCAUCUCCCAUUCAGAUGCAGGGAAUUCCAGCAGCCCUUCAAGGACGUGACAUGAUCGGCAUCGCAUUCACAGGCAGUGGAAAGAGUAUGGUGUUCAUUUUACCCAUUAUUAUGUUCUGUUUGGAGCAAGAGAAAAAGCUGCCUUUUAUGGGAAAUGAAGGGCCAUAUGGCCUCAUCAUCGUACCAUCUCGUGAGUUGGCCAAACAGAUAAAGGACAACAUAGAGUUCAUUUCAAAAUUUGUUGAAGCAGAUGGUAUGCCAGAGUUAAGGACAUCCUUAGCUAUUGGAGGGGAGCCUGUAGCAGCUGCAAUGCAAGUUGUGAGAAAGGGAGUGCAUAUCAUGGUGAGCACUCCAGGACGCCUCAUAGACAUGCUUGACAAGAAAAUGGUUCGUCUUGAUGUUUGCAGAUACCUAGUUAUGGAUGAAGCUGACAGAAUGAUUGACAUGGGUUUCGAAGAGGAUGUGCGUACUAUUUACUCAUAUUUCAAGGCACAGCGACAGACCUUGUUGUUCUCUGCUACUAUGCCUAAAAAGAUCCAGAAUUUUGCUCGUUCUGCUCUCGUGAAGCCAGUCACAGUGAAUGUUGGUCGUGCUGGUGCGGCCUCAAUGAAUGUUACCCAAGAAGUGGAGUAUGUUAAGCAGGAAGCAAAGGUGACGCACAUCCUGACUUGCUUGAACAAGACUUCUCCGCCAGUACUCAUCUUUGCUGAAAAGAAGCAGGAUGUAGAUCUCAUUCAGGAGUAUUUGCUGCUGAAGGGUGUGACGGCUGCUGCUAUCCAUGGUGGGAAAGACCAGGAGGAAAGAUCGGCAGCGGUCCAGGCUUUCCAGAGAGGUGACAAAGAUGUUUUAGUGGCAACAGAUGUGGCCUCAAAAGGUCUUGAUUUCCCUGGCAUUCAACAUGUCAUUAACUAUGAUAUGCCAGAUGAUAUUGAAAAUUACGUCCAUCGUAUUGGGCGUACUGGACGAUCGGGCCAACAUGGUGUGGCUACAACCUUCAUCAAUAAGGCUAAUGAUGAAUCAGUGUUAUUGGAUCUCAAACACUUGCUCAUUGAAGCCAAGCAGAAGGUACCGCCCUUCUUACUUAUGCUUGGAGGUGGAGAGGAUGAUCUCAUGGCAGCAUUGGAGACCAAUGAAGAGGAUGAGAGAGGAUGUUCUUAUUGUGGAGGUUUGGGUCAUCGUAUCACAGCCUGUCCUCGACUGGAGGCCAUGCAGAACAAACAAGCAGCAGGCAUUGGACGAAAAGAUUAUUUGGCUGCUAAUGCAGCUGAUUACUAAAUUCAUUCUAUUUGUGUGGUGUGUAUGUAUGUAUGGUACGUAUGUAUAUAUGUAUGUACUUAUGUAUGUACUUAUGUAUAUGUGGGUGUGGGUACACAUGCAUGCGUGCGCGCGUGCGCGCGCACGCACAC